AUGGAGGGACUUAUGGCAGAAGGGACCAAUCUAGUCUUUCACAAUAACGUGAUAGAUGGAACUGCCAUUAAACGACUUAUUAGCAGAUUAAUAGAUCAUUUCGGAAUGGCAUAUACAUCACACAUCCUGGAUCAAGUAAAGACUCUAGGAUUCCAUCAAGCUACUGCUACAUCUAUUUCAUUAGGAAUUGAUGAUCUUUUAACAAUACCUUCUAAAGGAUGGCUAGUCCAAGAUGCUGAACAACAAAGUUCUGUUUUGGAAAAACAUAAUCAUUAUGGGAAUGUCCAUGCGGUAGAAAAAUUACGCCAAUCCAUUGAAAUAUGGUAUGCUACAAGCGAAUAUUUGCGGCAACAAAUGACUCCCAAUUUUAGGAUGACUGACACCUUUAAUCCAGUCCAUAUAAUGUCUUUUUCAGGAGCUAGAGGAAAUGCAUCUCAAGUACACCAAUUAGUCGGAAUGAGAGGAUUAAUGUCAGAUCCACAAGGACAAAUGAUUGAUUUACCCAUUCAAAGCAAUUUUCGUGAAGGACUGUCUUUAACAGAAUAUAUAAUUUCUUGCUACGAAGCCCGUAAAGGGGUUGUAGAUACUGCUGUACGAACAUCAGAUGUUGGAUAUCUUACACGUCGACUUGUUGAAGUGGUUCAACACAUUGUUGUACGGCGAACAGAUUGCGGUGCCAUCCGUGGGAUUUCUGUAAACAUCCGAAAUGGAAUGAUGCUAGAAAGAAUUUUGAUACAAACAUUAAAUGGUCGUGUAGUAGCAGACAAUAUAUAUAUAUAUAGGUUCACGGUGCAUUGUCGUUAG